CGAUGCAUUUCCGGUCCAGUUUAUUUGUUUGCGGCGCAUCGUCUCGGCGCAUUUUGGCUGGCGCAACGCAAUUAAUUUAUUGAUUUUACACUACUACUCGUCCAUUUCAUCCCUCUUGGAUAAGAUCAAAGUGUAGUUUUUGGUGGUUUAUCAUUGAGUGUUAAUUCAAUUUACAAUUAUUUUACUUCAGCCGGUGGGGUCAGGAGCAGGCAGGUAUAAAAAGUUUUAUUUUAAUUAAAAUCAUGAACAAUGCUAGCCCGUCUAAAAUUCCAUCAGUAGCAGAGCACUUUCUUAACGAAUUAGAAGCUCGAAUUACACUGGCCCAAUCCAAACAACUUACAGACGAAGACCUAUUAUCGAUCUACUCUGUGUUCGGUCCAGUAGUACAAAGAGCUUUCGACAUAUUGGAAAAACAAGCCACCCUUGUAGAAUACACCGCUUCCAAGUCUAGAAGUUUGAUAGAAAUAAAAGGAGAGAACGAUCGGUGCUACAGGGUGUUCCCAAGAAUAAGCUACUGCCCUUGUCAAGCUUUUAAGCACCAAGUUUUAGAGAAAAAAACCGAAGUUUUAUGCAAACAUGUACUAGCAGCAAGAAUUGCCCAGAUUCUAGGUAGGACGGUCUGCCACGAAGUAACGGUAGAUCAAUACUUAAUGCUAGUACGUUCUAUGUUUGAUUCGGAGCAUAAUGGAUGAGGGUAUAGCUGAUUAUUACUUCACUGCAUCGAUGGACUCUGGGAAGACACUAUGCAGUUUGUUAAAAGCUAUACAAUUUCAAGAGACGGCAGUCUUUUGUGCUCUCCCGGAAGGCUUGAAGCUGACGGUAGAGGAAGGGAAAUGUGUGCAGGCGUCAGCUUAUGUGCCAUCUGACAACUUCACAGAAUACCAUGUCAGAGAUGAUGUGGAUGUCAUGUUUAAGAUUAGCAUAGCAGUAUUGUCUGAGUGCCUAAACAUAUUUGGGUCGGGGGAAGAGUCUAGCCUGAAAAUGUACUAUCGUGGCGAAGGGUCUCCAUUAUUAUUAGUUCUGCAGCCGCAGUCAGUUCACAACGUGAUGACGGACUGCGAAAUCGCCACCCAAACGGCUGACUCGGUCCUAGAACUUCGGGAUUCAGACUCUGCAGAAGCUGCGAAGUUGGUGCUAAAGGCUGCAGCAUUCUUGGGCCUGCUUGCUGAUCUGGAGCGGGCCUGUGACGUCAUAGAACUCAACCUGUCUCCGGAGCACCCCAACGUCAGCAUUGUUACUUAUGGGAUGCAGGACAGGUCGUGCAUCGACAUGCCGAAGUCUUCCGACAUGGUGCAGAGCUUCAGCUGUGAGGCGCCGGUCACGCUGCGCUACCAGCUUCCCCACCUUCGGCUCAUCAUGAAGGCGCUGGCUAUAUCCACCAAGGUGGUGUUACGGUGCAGCGCGAACGGACUUUUACUUCUUCAACUUAAAUUGGAAAAAGAAGAUCAGAGACAGAUGUUUUCAGAGUUCUACAUUGUGCCCCUACUUGACGAUUGACUUGAUGAUUACACAAUAACAGUCUGUCUAUAAAAUGUAAGAAAAAAACGUGUGUACAACUGAUAAGGUGCAGAAGUUUUGUCUCGUUUUGUCCUAAUAAAGACAUGCUGUUAUACAAUUUCCUAAAGGAUGUUU